GUGGUUUGUGUCGGUCAGAUCAUCGGUGCAGUGGUGGCAGAGAGCAGGGAGAGCCAGGAGAGCAGCUAAGGAGGUCCACGUCACCUACCAUGACCUCCAGCCUGUCUUCUUCACUAUAGAGAACAUCAGGACAGACAUUGUGAUGGAGGUUGGGAAAAGCAUCAACCCUGCUUUGGACAUUGGACAGGGUAUUGGCGAGCCUCCGGUUCUCUUCAGCUCCACCAUUUUCUUUGCCAUCAAGGCGGCCAUCGCAGCAGCACGCACAGAGAGAGGACUGGGGGACGCUUUCCCUCUGAGCUCCCCUGCAACAGCCGAGAAGAUCCGCGUGGCCUGUCAGGACGAGUUCACUAAAAUGGCCUCAUCUCCGAUGGACGGGGCCGCAGCCCAUUGGUGCCUCGACGUGUGAUCAGCCUCGGCCCACAAGAAGACAAAUCUGCGUUAGUUUACAAACCACUCUUCAUUAUGUUUACUGCUAUUGGAUGUACAGUGG